AAUCUGCUACGAGCAAUGGAAUGACCAAAACUGCAAAUAAAUGAAAAUUAAUCAGUAUUGGAAUUACUCUGAGUACCUGUGACACUUUCUUUUGUGCUACUAUGUUGCCUUUCCUGGACAAAGAAAUGACGAAGAUAAGACAACUACUUACAAAACAUUUUGCCUAGAGGAUUGAAGACAUUAUGGCAUCAAAAGUCUCAUGUUUAUAUAUUUUGACAGUUGUGUGUUGGGCAAGUGCUCUGUGGUACCUAAGUGUAACUCGACCGACUUCCUCUUACUCGGGUCACAGAGUUGGCAACGUAAUAAUAUCUCAGAAAAAUGUUUCUUUCGGCAAUAUUAGAACGCGACCAAUAAACCCGCAUUCUUUUGAGUUUAUCAUAAAUGAACCUGACAAAUGUGAAAAUAAUGGCAGUCCUUUCUUGGUCAUUCUUAUAAGCACAACCCAUAAGGAAUUUGAUGCAAGACAAGCUAUUCGGGAAACAUGGGGUAAUGAGAGCAACUUUAAAGGAAUUAAGAUUGUUACGUUGUUUCUCUUGGGCAAAAACUUAGAUCCUGUUUUAAAUCAGAUGGUUGAACAAGAAAGUCAGAUUUUUCAUGACAUUGUUGUAGAGGACUUCAUCGACUCCUAUCAUAAUCUGACUCUCAAAACAUUAAUGGGUAUGAAGUGGGUGGCCACAUUUUGCUCGAAAGCCAAGUAUGUUAUGAAAACAGACAGUGAUAUUUUUGUAAAUAUGGACAACCUCAUUUAUAAGCUCCUGAAACCAACCACAAAGCCUAGAAGAAGAUAUUUCACUGGCUACGUGAUCAAUGGUGGACCUAUAAGGGAUGUACGCAGCAAAUGGUACAUGCCAAGAGACUUGUACCCGGAUAGUAAUUAUCCGCCAUUUUGUUCGGGAACUGGCUACAUUUUUUCUGCUGAUGUUGCAGAGCUCAUUUACAAAACUUCACUUCAUACCAGGCUUUUGCAUCUUGAAGAUGUGUAUGUGGGACUCUGCUUGAGGAAACUUGGAAUCCACCCAUUUCAAAACAGUGGCUUUAAUCACUGGAAAAUGGCGUAUAGUCUGUGCCGAUAUCGCCGCGUGAUUACCGUCCACCAGAUAGGUCCUGAAGAAAUGCACAGGAUUUGGAACGAUAUGUCAAGCAAGAAACAUCUCAGAUGUUAAUCAUUUUAGAUAACCGGAUAAUAUAUGUCAUUUCGAACAGGUGGGGGAUAGCUUGGUGUGACGAGUAGCAUUCGCUUAACAUUUUUACAAUGUUUUUCCACUUUUGCUACUUUAUAUAAUUUUGACAUCACAAAACAAGCUUGGCUUCAGCAACAACAUUGUGAUGACAUUGUACCAUUUAAAUGAGUCAUUCAUUUCAGUAUUUGUUAACCGGUCAUCAUUUAUAACUGGUAUAUUUUCAUUAAAACCUGAAAUGGGAUUCACUCUUUGGCUAAGUCAAAUAAAUAUUUAUGAUU